CCAAUUAAAAGUGGGGGAGUGCAGCAACAGGCCAACCAACCGCAUUUAACAAAUAAAUUAAUGGCACAAAGUUUUGGUAAAUUAUAGCCAUGGACAACAACGAUGAGACAACAUUACCUGCCGACACAUUAGCCAUACUUAAUGAAUUCUUAGCUGAACGCUCACAGCGUGAGCAUGCCGAGGAGCAGCGCCAAAUUAAUAAAACCGGGAAGGAUGCACAUUUCGAGGAGGAUUGGCAACUCAGCCAAUUUUGGUACAGUGAGCAGACGAAACGUACAAUUGGCAAUGCAGUGGAAAAAAUUCUGGCUGAACAAAGCAACGACGACUUUCGCAUAGCUUUGUUAUCCUGUCCUUCGCUGUACGCAACAAUUAAGAAUUUACACGACAAAGUCAACAUAUUUGAGUACGACCAACGGUUUGCUGCCUACGGCAAUGAUUUUGUGCAUUAUGAUUUUAAUGCCAUCGACAGCAGUUCGGAAUAUCUCAAAGACCAUCACAAAUGCUUUGAUUUAAUAAUUGCGGAUCCACCCUUUCUCUCCGAGGAGUGCAUGUCCAAGAUGUCAAGGAUAGUAAUCAGUCUACAGCGCAGCAGCAAGUCCAAGCUUGUAUUUUGUUCCGGCGAAGUCGUCGAGCCUUGGCUGGUCGCCAGUUUGCCCGUGCAUAGGUGCAGAUUUCGACCAGAGCAUGAGCGGAAUUUGGGCAACGAGUUCGUUAGUUAUGCAAACUUUAAUUUUGACCAUUAUAUUGACAAAUAAAUAGCUCGAGUUUGAUUGUGUUAUGUUAUGACUGAA